ACAGGCUAAUGGUAUUUGGGAACAAGCAAAUGACGUAUGUCAUCGCGACGGCUUAAAAGCUAUUUUAGAAACAUUAUAUUGUAGGCCGUUGUUCUAAAAUAUUGUUGCCUUUGAGAGCGCAAAAGGUAAGAGGCAACAAUGUCCCGCAGAGGAAGUGAGGAUUAUUCAAAGGAAAGACGCAGCCACAAGCACUACAAGCGAGAUAAAGAUGAUGAAGUGAGUCCAGGCAGCAGCCGCCAUCAUGAGCAAGAUCACAGUGAUAAAAAGAGAAGGAGAAGCAGCAGCAGCAACAGCGAUGGUUCGCGCACAGCCUUAGAGAUCCAGAAGAUCAAACAUGUUGAGAUCUUCUACGAAAAACCUCCCCCAGGACUAAUUAAGGAAGAUGAGCCUAAACCUGAGGAUUGUAUACCUGAUUUACCUGGUAAUGAACAUGCCAGAGAUUUCCUGGCUCAUGCUCCUACAAGAGGACUGUGGAUGCCUUUAGGAAGAGAGGUUAAGGUUAUGCAGUGCUGGAGGUGCAAACAGUAUGGACACAGAACUGGGGACAGGGAAUGCCCUUACUUUAUAAAAGGCAAUCAGAAGAUUGAGCAGUUCAGAGUGGCUCAUGAAGACCCAAUGUAUGGCUUAAUAAAACAAAAAGAGCACCAGGAAAAGGAAAUGAGGAUCCAGCAGCUGAAGAAACUUUUAGAAGAUUCUACCUCUGAUGAAAGCAGCAGCUCCAGUUCUGAUAGUUCCCAUGGCAAACACAAGAAGAAGAAAAGGAAGAAAGAGAAGAAGAAGAAAAAGAAGAAACACAAAUCUUCUAAGAGAUGUUCAGAUUCAGACUGAGUUCAUGAAGUAUAUGUUAAAGAUAUUGCCACUGGUCCCAGACCAUCAUGGUCUAGCAGGAAGGUGGCAACGUGCAUGAAUUAACAUUUUCUGAAACAAAUUAGAACACAGAAUGGGUGGUUCUUGUAACAUAUCAGAAGCAAACCUGCUCUAUUCGAUUGAUAUCUUCAUUGUUUGCAACACCUUUAUAAUGUUGCAUUUCAUUGGUGUGAAUUUAUCAUGGAAUAUGAAGACAUUGCACAUAUUUGGAUAAUUUUACAAGAAGAAAAUAUUUUUGUCUGGUUGAGCUUUUUUAAAGAGAGAAAUCUAGAUUAAAAAAUGUUGAUUUACAUGAUAUAUGUAUUAGUGGAAGUAAUUUAUAUAUAGCAUAUGACCCAAUUUGCUCUUGUUUCACCAAGAUGAAGAUAUUAAUGCAGAUUUCAUUUUUCUAGUGAUGAGAAAUUUUAUUCCUUCAAACUGCUCAUUUCACCUAAGGACUUUAUUUUACUGUUAAGAAGACAUAUAAAGAAACUGAAAAAAUUGUCA